AUGAAGUUCUCGCAUUCCUUGCAGUUCAACGCGGUACCGGAAUGGUCAUCCAAGUACAUCGCAUACUCGACGUUGAAGAAGUUAAUCUACACGUUGCAGCGCGACGAGGUGAACCGCGGCCGCGCGGCGGACGCCGUGAUCGCAAAUCCCGACGCGGUGCGCGUCUUCUCCGCGGCCCUCGACGCGGAGUUGAAAAAGAUUGACGAGUUCUACCAGGCCAAGGAAAAGGCCAUCUAUGAAGAACUAGACACAUUGCAGAGCGAUUUCGCCGCGUACGAGGCGCAAUACGAGCCGCGCAAGCCGAUGCGUGCGUCAACAUCCAACCCGAGCUUGCCGCACGUGCCGGCGGACGUGGACUCACCCGACGCGGCUAUCCGUGCGUACGAGGGCGGCGCGGACGCAUUCUCUGGCGACGAGUACGGGCGCCGUCUGUCCAUCGACUCAGCGCGCUCGGCACACCUUUCGGACGACGACGACGACGUGUUCGACCCGCGCUCUUUCGCGUACGACCAAAGAAUCUCGCUCAAGAAGCGAGCGGUCGCAUUAUUCACGUCCUUAUCCGAACUCAAGUCCUACACGGAGUUAAACAGCACUGGGUUCACCAAAGCCCUUAAAAAGUUCGACAAGUCGCUCAACACAAAGCUCAAGCCAGCGUACACCGCGGCGUUGGGCGAAAAGUCGUAUGUGUUCUACCCCGAGACGCAGACAGAGCUUCGCGCGAAACUUGCGCAGGUGGUGGGACUCUACGCCGCGCUCGCGACCGGCGGCAACGCGGAUUCCGCACGCACUGAGUUGCGCGUACACUUGCGCGAACACGUCGUAUGGGAGCGCAAUACGAUCUGGCGCGACAUGAUCGGUAUGGAGCGCAAGACGCAGGCCGCGGGCGUAUCCGGGCGCACCCGCACGCAGGACACUGCCACGCACGCGUACGCAUACUACGAAUACCCGUUGUCGCACGCGCGCGGCUGGUAUGUGCGCGUGCCCAAAAUGGUCCUUGCGCGCAACGCCCUCAUGGGGUACGCCAUCGCCCUUACAACCGCGAUUCUCCUCCGCCACUCCCCCUUCGUCGACCCAGCCCAGCGCAACUGUUUCGCUAUCCUCGUGUGCGCAUCUCUUCUUUGGGCAUCCGAAACCAUCCCACUCUUUGUCACGUCGCUUCUUGUGCCGCUCAUGAUCGUGGUGCUCGGUGUGGUGAAGGAUGCGGAGGGUACGCGGAUGCCCACACCUGACGCGUCGCGCUUUAUCUUCUCAGCGAUGUGGUCGUCCGUAAUUAUGCUCCUCCUCGGCGGGUUUACCCUCGCAGCGGCGUUAUCCAAAUACCAUAUUGCGAAGAUGGUUUCCACCUGGCUCUUGCUGAAGGCAGGAACCCGUCCCAGCACUGUGCUUCUCGCGAUCAUGGGAGUAGCUCUUUUUGCGUCGAUGUGGGUGUCCAACGUCGCCGCGCCGGUCUUGUGCUUCUCGAUCGUGCAGCCACUCUUGCGCACACUUCCGCCGGGGUCGACCUACAGCGUUGCGCUCAUCCUCGGUAUUGCUCUUGCGGCGAACAUCGGUGGUAUGGCCUCGCCAAUCGCCUCGCCGCAGAACAUCAUUGCGAUCGGCGAGAUGUACCCUGCGCCGCUGUGGGGGCAAUGGUUUGUCGUCGCCUUGCCCGUGUGUAUCUUGUCGCUCCUUCUCAUCUGGGGCUUCCUCGUGCUUACGUUCCGCCAGCCGCGCGACAUGCGCCUCGCAGCAAUCCGCACCAUUGACGAUAAGUUCACGGGCACUCAGUGGUACAUCUCGCUUGUGACGCUUGGCACAAUUGUUCUUUGGUGCCUUGCAUCGCGGUUAGAGGGCGUGUUUGGCGAGAUGGGCGUGAUUGCAAUCAUCCCGUUGUUAAUGUUCUACGGCCCGGGCUUACUCACCACCGCUGACUUCAACAACUAUCCGUGGAACAUCGUGGUGUUGGCGAUGGGCGGCAUUGCCCUUGGAAAGGCCGUUUCGACCUCCGGGCUUCUCGCAACCAUCGCCGUGCAGAUUCUGACGCGCGUCGCCGGCUUCUCGCUCUUCGGCGUCAUGCUCACGUUUGGCGCGUUGGUGCUUGUCGUUGCAACGUUUGUUCUGCACACGGUUGCCGCGUUGAUCAUCGUUCCGCUCGUGCGCGAGAUUGGCGAGGCCAUGCCUGACCCGCAUCCGCGCUUGUUGGUAAUGUGCACCGCGCUUUUGUGCUCGGCGGCGAUGGGAUUGCCGACGUCCGGGUUUCCGAACGUGACGGCAAUCUGUAUGACGGACGAGGUGGGCAAGCCAUAUCUUACGGUAAAGACGUUUAUUACAAGAGGUGUGCCCUCGUCAGUUUUGGCGUACGUGGUGGUGUUGUAUAGGAAAGUAAGCUGGUCGCGAAGUGGCUACAACCUUAAGUUGAAAUAUAGAUUUGCAUAUUCAGGGAUUCAGGAGUAA